UACUGGAGCUCAAACUGGAUAUAACCCAGUAGAGCUUGUGGUGGAGGACUUUCCCAAACAAGACAUCAUACUGACUUACUCCGAUGGAUCCUACACAAGAAAAUGGCCCCAAACAAUGACACGACGCAAACGGCAGAUUAUGGCAGCUUACCCAGGAAGCACAACAGCUGCUGCAACCACCACUACAGUUUAUCCAACCACAACAGAUUAUCCUACCACCACCACGACUCCUCCAACCACCACCACAAGUCCUCCUACCACCACCACAAGUCCUCCUACCACCACCACAAGUCCUCCUACCACCACCACAAGUCCUCCAACCACCACCACGACUCCUCCAACCACCACAAGUCCUGCAACCACCACAAGUCCUCCAACCACCACCACGACUCCUCCAACCACCACCACAAGUCCUCCAACCACCACAAGUCCUCCAACCACCACCACAAGUCCUCCUACCACCACGACAACUCCAACCACCACUACGACUCCUCCAACCACCACAACUCCUCCAACCACCACAACUCCUCCAACCACCACCACGACUCCUCCAACCACCACAACUCCUCCAACCACCACCACGACUCCUCCAACCACCACAACUCCUCCAACCACCACCACGACUCCUCCAACCACCACCACAAGUCCUCCAACCACCACAAGUCCUCCUACCACCACCACGACAACUCCAACCACCACCACGACUCCUCCAACCACCACAACUCCUCCAACCACCACCACGACUCCUCCAACCACCACAACUCCUCCAACCACCACCACGACUCCUCCAACCACCACCACAACUCCUCCAACCACCACCACGACUCCUCCAACCACCACCACGACUCCUCCAACCACCACGACUCCUCCAACCACCACGACUCCUCCAACCACCACCACGACUCCUCCAACCACCACAACUCCUCCAACCACCACCACAACUCCUCCAACCACCACACGACUCCUCCAACCACCACAACUCCUCCUACCACUACUGCACAGUAUUACCGAUCAUCAAUCAGACCUUUAAGCAUUCUACCGCUACAAUUCACUGUUCUUGUGGACUCACACAAUGCUCCUUCGUGCCUCGAUGGUGAUUAUUUUCCCAUUUUUGUGGCACCAACUCCAAUUAAUGGAGUAAAUAUUCCUGCAUAUGUCAACCGCAUCCUCGAAAUUAAAGUCAGUUCAAAAGCUCAGAACACAACGAUUAAUGACCUCAUUGUGAUAGGCCCACAACGCACUUCUAAGGAGAGAUCCUCCACAGAUACAUACAUUAUAAAAUGGACACCAACUGAAGAUGAACUGAAUUAUCAUUUCCCUAUUUGCUUUGUGUCUGAAGCAAGAGAUAUGUAUUACAACAUCUAUCACUCAGAGCUGCGGUGUGUGUCUGUUGAUGUUAGUCACCAGGAGGCUGUUGUGACCUGCAAUGAAACAACUAUGACUAUGGAAGUAGCAAAGACCUACACCAUCAAACGUAAGGAAGACAAGCUGCAUCUAAAAAGCUUCACCGAUUCUUCUUGUGACCUCAAAAGACUCUCCAACGAAACCCAUUUGGUGGCUGUCAUAGAGCUCGGAGCAUGUGGGACACAGGUUCAGGAGGAUGAAGAUAGGAUAUACUUUCAGAAUGAAAUCACUGCAGCCGACCCAAAUAAAAUAAUUUCCAGGCAGGACGAUGUCGAAGUUGCCUUUACCUGCUCCUACCCAAAACGAGCCAACCUGACCCUGGGAUUCAGACACAAAAACCCGUACGCCUUCAGAGAGAAAGGCUUUGGAGCUUUCACCUUCCAGUUUGAAUUUUUUGAGAGCCAGCGUUUCAGGAAGCAGGUAAACGCCAGCAGCUACCCAGUUGAAGUUUACCUGAAGCAGAUGAUCUUCAUGCAGAUCGAGGCCACCUCAUCCAUCCCAAACACUGAGCUGUUUGUGGAGUCCUGCAAGGCGACUCCCUACGACAAUCCCAACUCCCGUAUCAGCUACACCAUCAUCGAAAACGGAUGUGUGAAGGACAGAACUGUUCAAAUCUACCAAAGCCCAAAGUCUCAGUUCAGGUUUGGCAUGGAGGCUUUUGAGUUCAUCGGAGCUCACGAGGAGGUUUACAUCAGCUGUUCGGUCCUCCUGUGUGAGAUCGGCACUCCUGGAACUCGAUGCUCUCAGGGAUGCAUUGGAUCAAACUCAUGGAACAAUCGUAAGAAGAGGGACGCUCCGGCUGAGACGAGCAGCCACUCCAUUUCCCAGGGUCCUUUGCGCCUUGCUAAGACAUCUGACACCAAAGGGUCUGGCCUGAAUGUGACUCUGAGUCUGAACCAAAUCUUGAUUGUUGGCUGUGUCCUGGUACUUGCAGUGAUCAUCUAUCGGUCCAGAAGAACCAGAACUAAAUACCAACUGGUGCCAACCUUUGAAACACAAUAACUUUCAAAACUUCAUUUCUCUCGUUUAAAAAUAUUGGUUGCUUAACAGUAAAUUAUUUUAUUUGUCAAAAAGGUGUCUUUACUUUUAAAAUACAAAACAAUGAUUCAUAAUGUCUAAUAUUUGAAUAUGUUCUGCAUUUUGGGCUCAAUUUACAUUUUUCUUUUCUCUCAUACCUAAACUAGAAAGAGCAAUCAAUGUUUUAAUCCUUUUUUGUGCCACUAUCAUUAAAAUUAUUCUGCACAAAUACAUUGCAA